CUCCGUGAGCAGAGCUUCAGCUGCGUUACCGCUGCUUACCACUCUGCACUACGGAGGAUCUUAAGCCAGAAACCUCUCGAAAUAGAACCAGGGGAACUCCCCUGGCCAAAAUGAAAAACGAAGGACCUCGCCUUACUGCUUAAUGCUCAUUCCCGAUUAACCCUUUUUUAGGCGAGCUCCGUGUGGUGCGCGUGUCUCCCGGCCCGGAAAGCGCGGGCCGCAAACCCUUCCUUGUCUUCAGCGGUUCUUGCAGAGCGAAACGCACGAAAGAAGCAGGCCGUCUCUGCGGAAGCCCAGACCAGACGAACCUCCCGCCGCCCGGGCUCCUCCUCUUCUGUCUUCCCGGCUCCUCCCACUCUCAACCGGCGGGCUCCAAGCCCCGCCCCGCCGCCCGGCUGGUUCCUGACUGCUGCUGCUUGCUGUUGCCGCAUGUUAUUUCGUGCCGUUGCUGGAGGAGCUGGAAGAUGGCGGAGCCGGGGCCGGACUGCAGCUCGCUUCUGGAUGAAGACCUCUCCUCCUUCGUCUUCAACUAUCUCACCGACAGCCAGUAUGAAGUGUCUGGUGAGGAGCACCUUUAUUCUGAUUUCCCAGAGAUCGAUUUGUCCCAGUUGGAUGCCAGUGACUUUGACUCAGCCAAUUGCUUCAGUGAGUUGCAGUGGUGUUGUGAGCGCUCCGAAACAGAGUCCAGCCAGUACAGUACAGAUGACUCUGAGCUUUUUCAGAUUAUAGACAGCGAGAAUGAAGCGCUGCUGGCGGCUCUCACCGAGACACUGGAUGACAUCCAGGGAGACGACCUGGGUCUGGCUGCCUUCGGAAAUAUGGACGAGGGGGACAUGCCCAACAGCGGCUGCGCAUCACCUGCCCCCUCUCCCAAACCUGCUGCCCCUGUCCCGAGGGGGCCUCCUCUGGCCCCAGAGGUUGAUGAGCUGUCUCUAUUGAAGAAGUUGCUCCUUUCUCCGUCCAAUAUGCCUCCAAGCUAUGAGGUUCAGAAAGAGGGGAGUGUAUGGCGUCAAGGAGCUCCCAAAUCCAGGCCCCACCGUCCCUGUUCAAAGGUGGAAGGUAUCCGAGACCGAAAGUCAAGCUUCCUCCAGGCUCAGAGUCGAAGCUGCACCGAGCUUCAUAAGCACCUCACCUCCAUCAGUGCACGCUGCCCACACACGAAAGAUGAGUGCCAUGGUGGCAGUGAGCCCCAAAGACAUUGUGUCCACAACGGAGAGGACAGCGACUCCAGCGAAGACAUGCUGAAUUGCAGUAACUUUGCGGCAACUCCACCCUCUUCCUCUGAGGAAGGCGUUGGGGAGAAGGAGCUGAAUGCUGCCGUGGAGCUCAUCCGCUACAUGCACACCUACUGCCUUCCCCCCAGAAAGGUGCCCCCCACAGACCUUGAUGGUGCGAAACAUCAGCAUUUUCAUAGCCCCUCCAAAAGAGCCAAGCCAGAUUGCCCCCUGCAGCGGCCUCCACUCUGCCCCUCCAACUCUUGGCAUCUCUCAGCAGGCUGCAAACAGCCCAGGGCCCCCUCUGCUGAUUUCUCCAUCCUGAAGGAGCUGCUUGCCAGAGACCUCCCGUGUGAUGUGAGCAAGCCAUACAGGUUGGCCAAGCCCGUGUACGCCUCCUUGGCCAGGUCACAGCCUCCCAAAGCUCCACGGCCUCCACCCCUUCAGACUGGAGGGGAAUCUCUGCAGAUGUGCAAGCCUGCAGCCAAAACACCACCAGAAGUGAAAACUGAGCCCAGGCAGAGCCCCCAAAUGGAGCCUGAAGCUAAGAAAGAGACUGGCAGCCCUGCAGAAGAAGAUGGUGCAAAGCGGGUGACUCUCCCGGCCCACCUAGCCUCUGGGAAAGGGGGCCGCAAGCAGGAGAGCUCUUUCUAUGCUGUGCGGCGCUCAAAAAGACUCAACCCCGAGCUUAGUCUCUGGCUUUCGUUCCUUGACCAGCCUCCCCUAGAUCCUGCUGUGCCCGCAGCGGCAGCAGGGAACAAGUUUCCCUCCACAGAUCUGUCCCUGUGCUCCUCCCUUCUGCAAAACUUUGAUACAGAAGCACCAGCAGCAGAGGUUGAAGUGAGUGGCACAGGAGAGGUGGAUGGCAGGUACCAGAGCCUCCCGAUGGAGUUGCAAACCCCCUCGCCAGAGAGCUCUGGGGAGAGCGAAGUGUGCGAGAUAAAUGAGAGCCAGUGCUGCGCCCUCCUGCAUCAAACAGAAGCACCAAGGUGUCUGUCGCUGCCCUUGGCGCAAACAGAACCGGCAUUUGGAAAGUGCAAUUUUGAGCAAGUGCUGACCGUAGAGCUGUGUGGCACUGCAGGUCUCACACCACCAACUACUCCACCAUACAAGCCUUCAGAGGAGGACCUGUACAAGCCAGACAUUCACCAGAGGCCAGGAAAGGAGACUGCUGUCAUCACCACCUCUGAGCCACAGCCAAUGACAGGGGAUGGGGCAGCCUCUAGAAAGCACCAGAAGAAGCACCCAGUGCGGACUGAACUGUACGCACACCUGUGUCGGGCUGCCACCCAUCCGUCCCACCCAGAGCAGCAUGGGAUGCUGAAGCGCCAUUUCUCGCGCUCGUUUGGUGACCAUGACUAUUGCCAGGUCUUGAAGCCUGAAGCCUCCCUCCAGAGGAAGGUGCUGAAAUCCUGGGAGCCCCUGCGCCAUGUGGAAAGCCAACACAAGCGAAGGGUGUCUGAUGUGCAUUAUCAUCAUGCAGAUCAGGAGGGUGUUGAUGGGACCUCAUCCAAGGAGGGAAGCAAACAGCUGAGGGACCAGGAGAUCAGAGCCAGCUUAACAAAACACUUUGGGCUCUUGGACAGCGCCCUUGAUGCUGGGGAGACAGCCUUCUGCAAGACUCCUGAAUACGACACUGUCUUUGAGGACAGCUGCAGUGAGAUUGGUUCCCCAUUGGAGGAGGAGGAAGAGGAAGAGUGCUGCACAAGUCCACUGGAAUCCAAGAUGUGUCCAUACAAGAAUCCUCUUUCUAGGGCUGGUUUGCACUAUUGCUCCCAAAGCAGGUCCAGUUCUGAGUCUUCGUGCUGCAGGUCCAGAUCUCCAGCCAGCAGAUGCGGAAAUGGCAAGCGGUGUCAUGAUGGAACUGUGAGCAACCAAGGGCAGAUGGCGAAGAGAAGAGAAAAAGCCAUUGGAGAAGGCCGAGUAGUGUACAUCAGAAACCUUGCCAGCAGUAUGAGCUCCAGUGAACUGAAGAAGCGCUUUGAAGUGUUUGGAGAGAUUGUUGAGUGUUGCGUUUUGACCAGGAAUAAAAGAUUCCAGUACAGAGGAGUCUUCCCCAGCUCCAUUAAAAAGCAAAUACGAAACCAUGGAUUUCGACAGCCUGCUGCAGGAGGCCCAGGAAAGCCUGCAUCGGUAACAGCCUUAACCUUUGAGGAAUACCUCAAUACCUCAGUCAAGGCACUUCCAAUAUGUUUACGUUUUCAAAGAAAUGAUUAAGUAUACAACAAGAACGAGAGAGAGAGAGAGACUGCUGUCCCUUUAAAUUGAUGUUUACAUUGAACAAGCUGCUUCUGUCUGUGAGUCCCCAUGGUGUUGAUGUUCCACUGCCACACAUUAGUAUCUUUGCUUCUGACUGGUUGUGUUAGGAUGAGCCUGCAAAAGCCUCCUGUCCCCUUCUUAUCCACCCCUUUCCCUCUUCCCCACUUCCACCAUGGAGUUGUAGCUUUGUUCACCAUGACUUUUUUUUCUUUGUCUGUAGUGUGUGAUGAUGAAAUUGUUAAUUGUGAAUAGAAUCAGGAUUGUAAACUAAUUUUUAAUAGAAGAAAGAAAUAUAUACUUAUAAUGUAUUUAUGGCUCAGAUGUACUGUAAUUCAGAUUUAUUGUACCGCUUCCUUGAUUUUUAACUAUGCACUGUAAUGAGGCACUUGCCCCUCAGCAGAUGUGGCCCAUCCAGAAGAAUGCCCCUUCAAUUGGUGGCUCAGUUGAAAUUCAUUUCCCCUCCCUGGUGGAGCAUUCAGCCCUGCCCUUGAUGAAUCAAGGUGUUGCUGAAUGAGGUUCUGCUAUUGCCAUAUAAACCAUUCUUUCCAUUUGUAUGGACUGAAUUCUGGGAUCGCCCCUUCGCAAUUGUUGACGCCAUGAGACACAGCAUGCUGUGGUUCCACAGUCCAGGGCUGGCUCUGGGUUUAUAGGAAUGUAGGUCUCAGAUGGCAACUUUUUGAGAGUAAAAUGGGGGGGAGGUGGGAGAGAGGAAAAGUUUGUAAAGGUAGGGUGUGCAUUUCUCCCUUCUUUAUGCUGGAUUGGCAGUGGUCACAAGGUAGUGAAGCUCCAUAUGCCUUCCAAAGCAGGGAAAUGAUACUGUACAUUAAAAAAGGCCAAAGACCUAUCUAGUUCAGCAUCCUGUUUCCCACUAUGGCCAACCAGACACAGCUGGGAAGUAGAGUAUGAUGGCAAUGGGCAUCCCUUGCUGCUCUUCAGCAGCUAGUACUCAAGAGGUAAAGAGCCUCAAAUCCUGAAAGCUACAUAUAGCCAUCACGACUAGGAGGCAUUGAUAGGCUUAUCCUCCAGGAGGCUAAGUCUAUGGUGAGACAGAAUGUUUGAGAGCCACCCCCAGAAGGAAUAUGCCAAAAAGUUCCUUAGCAUUGCAUAUACUAUGUAAUGAUAGCAGUGGUUGUUUCAUGAGGUCUCAUUAAACACGAUGUGGGAGUUUGAGGUGGAGGAACAUGGAGUAAUUCCUUCACAGUCAUACAUCAGAUCACUAGUAGCCUCAGGAAUAGUUUUUUUUACCCAUCUGGUCACCUAACCAAAGCAAAAUGUCCUGUCUCAUGGGCAAUACCUAACAGAAAAGGGUCAAAGGAUUCCUUGCACCUUGGGCUGGGCAUAAGCUCACAGCUAGCUAGUAGCACAUGGCUCAUCAGCUGAGCAUCCCUGCCCCAUUUUGAACACUACUCUCCUUAUGAGUGGAAUUGAAGAAGCCAUAAAACAUACAGUCAUUGCUAUAAACUCUGUGAAAUGACUUCCCCACACUCCCUCUCUCCCACUCGCUAUCAGGAAAGACUUGGGUGUCACUGCCUAUUUGUUGUGGCCAUUCCAUUUGACGUCCUCGUGGCUCUGAUCUUGUGCCCUGUUUUCUUCCUCCCACCCUUUCUUCACUGGCUUCUCAUGGAUUCACAAACAUGGGCAGAGGAUGUGUGCAAGCCUCCUGCUCAGAAAACUGAAUAAACGACACUACACACAACUGCCACAGUUGUUACAUUCUAAAGCAACUAGGAACUUGCCACAGUAUACUGUGCUAAAUGCAGAACUUGUAGUAUCACUGCUUUUGUGCUGUACUUUGAAGUAAUGUCCAGGAACUUGAGAGGCAGACCAAGAAACCAGCAGAUGCACCAAGAGAUAGCAUUUUCUGGUGGGGACCAAAUAACUUUACUAAGACCUUCAUUAGUCACCAUGUCUUUGGUUUAUUUUCUACAAAAAGGCAAGACCUCCAGCACUCAGCCAUACCAUGUAGAUAGAAUACAACAGCCUUAAUUCUGCCAAUAGAUAGGUUAUCCUCUCUUAAGGUCUCUCUGGCAUUGGCCUGUCUUCGAUUUAAAUGGAAAGGCACAAAUUGUCGAAGACCUUGGCAACUGCUUGGCUUAGGUCUAACUCUUGUCAUCCAAAGGUUUAUCUGCCUGACUCAGUAAGAAUCACAGAAACAUGGUGUCAGAAACACCAUGAAUGAGGUCAAGGAGUCAGCUACAUGUUAUCACAUAAUAUUUGACAGUUUCUGUCUUUUCAUGUGGAGCUUUUAUAACAACAGUACUUUUUCACAUGGUAAUGUCACAAUUUCACGUUGUUGACAAAAAUCAUUGUCACUGUAUUGACUGCUUAAAUGUUGCUUGCACCACCUUUGUUUAGAAACUUACUAAUAGAUUACAAGGCUGUUAGAUCCUCCCUUGAUCAGCCCACAGCAAGUCUGUCCCAAACAAAGCAUCUGCUAUUGACAAGUGCCUCAUUGUAGCUCUGCCUUUUUCUGUCCUAGUAUUUCCUCACCACAAUGAUGUUUACAUGUGAUUGCUAUAGAGCUUACUGUAGAAUGUACAUAGCGACACAUUUAGGGUGGGUAGGACUGUUGUGUCCUGUCCUGUGCUGUACUGAUGUUUUCAGAGAACAAGUGAACAGAAAACAAAAACAAAAACCAGUGGUAACCACCCCAACAACCAGUAAGUGGAAUUCUUCCAUCUCCUGGCUUGGUUGCAAGGGUAGAUCAAAGUUCACAGCUGGCUUUGGUCAGAGAGAUGGAAAAUGCAUCAAAUUUUAAGCAUGUUGAAAGUGUGGAAUGCAGCUGCGGAGGAGGAGGAGCUGUUCUGCUAUCUAGAAUGAGCUGCCUUCAGUGUAGAGUACUUGCAAACAUGGGUUUGUACUUAAUCUAGUUGUAUAUUUCAAGUUACUUUCAAGAGGCUGGACUUGCCAAUGAUAUUAGAGCAUGCAAGCGCAUGCAAGCGCAUGCAUAUUGAGGAGGGAGGAAGAUCCUGUAACGCACAUGGCCUCUCAAACCUAGGUGUAGGGAGAGGUGCAAUAAGUGGUCUUUGUGUUGCCUGAAGCCUAUAAAAUAUUUAUUUUAUUUUAUUUUUUGCAAGAAACUUCACGAGGACUUUAUGCAAUACGCACACAUGCACCAACGCACACCUGCAUAGGGGAAAGGUAAUGGCGGGGCACUGAGCCCCUCUGACAGCAGCUGGCCCCAGCAACAGCUGUGAAUCCAUUACGGUUGAAUGUAGAACCUAGCAAUAUGGCUUGAAAAGCACACACAUCUAGCGCUGGUUACACAGGGGGAACAGCAGUGUGAAAAAUCUUGGCUUUUACGUACACUUUCCAUAGUUUGGAAAGUUGCUCCAUGUACUAUGGGAGAGGACUUUAGGCUGCUAGUCUGUAUCAGAGUAUAUUCCUGGAGGGACAGAUUACCCUCAAGAUCCUUCAUUGUGCAGAGCAGCAAACUGCAGUGUCACAUGCACACUGCAGGAAGUAGUUCUGAGAUGCUGAUGGCAAAAAGCUCGAUUUUGCACAGCACAGGAAUUGUGGAGGUCCUGUUUUGGACCCACAUGUCAGAUCAGCAUGGUGGAUCCUUUUAUCACAUAACUUGUGGCUCACCAAACCACACUCAGCUGCCAGCCAGCUAGAGGCUUGAUAAGCCUCUUUGUGCUUCCUGUCUUGAACAGGGUGGAGAUCAGAGUAUCUUGCAGGCCUCAAUAGAUGGCUGGUGUGCUGUGGCCAGCUUGGUGGGUUCUGCAGUCCUGGUCAUACUAUGGGGACAAUAGCAGGCUGUGGAGUGGGGUGGCAGCACUCAUCUGAUCUCCCUGCAUCUGAGCCACUGCUGCUUACCAGGAGGAGCAAGGCAGCAGGGUGGACUGGCGGAGCCAAUAUGGCACUCCUGCCGGUGGAUUUGCACUGCACCAACCUCCCUGCUGCCUCACUCCUCCCCCUCUCCUUUGCGGUAAGCAGCAGUGACUUAGCUGUCAGGAGGACAGGUGAGCAUUGCCACCCCACCACGUUAUCUGCUAUUGUGUCGGGAGCUACCUUGGAAGCCCCUAGUGCAGUCCUCACUUAUGUAUGGAGCCACUAUAUGUCUACAGCCUGUAGAACUCCAUUCGGAGCUGGGAAGGGGAAAGAAAAGGUUAUUCCUUCUUUAGGACUGGGGAAUUAACAUGAGCUCUACAUUUUGCUAUAGCCAUCACUGCCGCUACCAUAUUUGGGCAGAUUUCAAUCUUGGUGCAGUUCAGCUCAUUUUGACUUCAUAGGAGGCAGCAGGUCGAGGCCCUCUGGCUAAGAAAAAUGGCAGAGGGCUGCCUAUCAGCUAGAGAAGGACAUUCAUUACCUUAAGGUCGCUUCCUCUAUCCCAUUUAGAAAGAGCAUGCUCCUGUGCUUCUCACCACCACCGUAGACUUUUGCAAAGUCUGUCUAAUUUACUCCCAUGUUCUUUCUUUUCUUAAUAAUAUGCAUAAAGCCAACAGCCCCCAUGUUCAAGGGGUAGGCCGAGCCAUAACAAUGAGUAGCAGCAGAAUAAACCAAGCCCUUGUGAGAUCAGGUGAGAAACCAAAAAAAGGGGGGGAAAUCAUUUUCCAGGGUGUUUCGGAACAAGAGGGUGUAUUAAGAAAGGCAAUCAUGAGGGAGACAUUUAUAUUUUGAAUAAACAGAAUUAUCUGUAUAUAUGUAGGGGUGGGUGUGGGUGUAGGUGUGAUUGAAAGAGAAAUUCCUCCUAACUUUUUUUAAAAAUUAGGAAAAAUACCUUAAUGAUAGGAAUAAGUCAUAAGCCAUUUCCUUAGCCUUGGCCCUUUUAAUAAUCAUCUUUUUAUGUGAAACAUAAAUCUGUGUUGCGAAAUUCAGCAUCUGGACAAAGAGGCAAACACUAGCAUCAGAAAAAGACUGCAUGCGGAAGAGCUUGGGUUCCAAAUGUUAACUGAAAUAUUCAUCCCAUCUUCUACCUCCAUGAAACUCUCAUGUCAGCUUUGUCUUGUGUGUCCAUGAUUAGCAUCUUAUUUUCUCAGUAGCCCAUGUCAAAAAGCCUUAGAGGAAUCAGAGAGUGAGGACUCUUUUAUUUUCAUUUGUCAGGUGAAAAUAACAAGGCCUUAUCUGUAGCUGAGCAUUUCCUCAAUUUGUUCUUACAGCAGGGUAGUCUUUUUGUGACACACUUUAGCAAUAUAAGGAUUCAAAGCCUUCUGCUUUCCAUUCUUUUCUUUGUUGAAGAUGCUGCAAAGAAUUGUUUGUUUAGGCCUCAUUCUCAUUUGCAUACUUUUUGACAAUUUCCCCAUACAUCAUUUUUAUGUGACUACUGGCUCACUCAUAAAAAAAAUCAUGUAUGUGUGAUUGUAGGUACCUCCUUGCACUUAAGGCACAAUGCAUCCUUUCCCCCCAAAUAACCUGGGGGUUUAUGCUUUCCACAUUUUAUAGCUGGAAGUCUACCAUAAGCAAUGGAUGAAAGAAAUGUACUAGAAGUGAGCAGCUAUGAUGAAGUAAAACUAAUUUAUUCUAGAAUAAAUGCUACAAAUAUGUAACAAGUACACAAGCAUUACUGCAUGUGAGGCACCUUAAUGAAGUGAUAUCAAUGGUUAGGUUGUCACUGACAAUCUGUAUCUGAGCUUUCCAUGUGAUUGAAUGCAUCUCCAUACACUACCUACACAUGGAAAAUUAACAUGUCAGGAAGAAGGUAAUGUGUAGAAUCUCAGUGAAAACUAGACUGAUAUCUCCCAGUGUUAAGGAGCAAGAUAUCCAAUUCUGGCUUGUGAAUUUCUGGGGAAAAAGACAGCAAAGUAUAUUGUCACCCUAAUAUUAAAUUUAAGAUCAGUGAGGCAGACGACAAUAUACCACGUGCAUCAGCCUUAGGCUCUCUGUCCUUGGAAUGCAUGGCAUAUGACAAGUGAUGGGGAACCUGUUGGACUACAACUCCCAUCAUCCCUGACCAUUGCCCAUGGUGGUUGGGGCUGAUGGCAAUUGGAGAUCCCCCUCCUUGGCAUAUGUCACCCCAGGCUAUGAUCCAAUGUGCACACCAAGCUCUGCAAAAACAAGGAAUGCUCUGUUUUCUUCAUUGUUCGGGAAUUCUGCUUUUCAAAGCAUUUCACAACACUGAAGAGAAUGGGUAGCCCAGUUUGCACUGAGCUCUAUGUGCAUAAGAAUGCACCAGAACCACUGGACUGGAGGGCUGAAUUUUUCAAAGGGUCAUUUUACAUUGAAGUUUUUUUUAAAAUGUCUCAGAAACAUUUCCCAUUUCCUCAUGGAAGAAUUUAUAUAUGAAGUAAAUAGCAAGACAAACCCCUGGAGAGUCUAGUUAUAAUAUAGCCCUUGGUGCUUGAAGAGGCAUUAUUUAUUAGGAAGGUGAAAAAGAAUGAAUUAAUACCACUGAUUGCGGCGUGUGUUUAUGAGUGUAUGUGAGCCAGAGAGAGUGAAGGAGACUAAAUUGAUGCAUUUCUUAAGAAAGGUAUAAGAAUUUCACCUAAAAGAGGGGUACAUUUGCUAUGUUAUUUAUAAAUAAAAACUAGAUUUUAUCUUUUUUGUUUUUUGUUUUGAAGAGGACACUGCUAAUAAUUAGAAGGAGCCAGUUCAGGUUCUCUUUUACAUGUAUUAACUAAGUGGUAACUUACUACUUGGUAAGUAAAAGCAGCAGGAUUGACCCCUUUCAUAAUCGAUAAAAUCAAGUUUUUCGUUUGCAGUUUUUUUAAAAAAAAAUAGUAGAGGAUUUUUAUAUUUCACUUAAUCCCCACAUUCUGUUGUGUCCUUAUUUAUGUAUUAUACUUUAACCUUAAUUGGCAUAGAUUCUUAUGCCUCUCCCUUGUUACUGUCAUUUUUUAAAGAAAUAUUUCUUUCUAGUGUGAUUUCAAUGUCUACCUUCUAAAUGAGAGAACGUUUUCUUGUAUUUUUACAUUGUCAGAUUCUAUAGUUUCGUAGAUGAUUUAACCAAAUUGCUCAAUGUAUUCUCUAUAUCUAUCUGGUGGGUAUACAAAAGUUCUAUUUUAAAUUGUGUAAAUACUUCAGAACUGGCUUCUUUUUGAAACUCCCAUGCUGUGGAGUUACUUGUUUACAUCACAAAGACUGUAGAAUCUCUACAUUCAUGUACUGUAAAUAGUGAAGUGAUCUGCCUAUAAAUAAAUAAA